GAAGCUAAAUUUGAUUUUGGAGAUUCUGGUUCAAAUCGAUUUGAUGACAUUGGCCUUAGUGAAAAUGUAAUAAAAGCAGGUGACUCAAAUGCAAGAAAUGGGGAUGAAUAUUCUAGUGGUAUCUCUGAAGACUCAGGAUUCAAUUUGGGGUCAUCUGAUCAGCAGGGAUUUGGAAUCAGUGGAAUUGGUGGGAAUGGAGAGAGUGGCAGUGGAAUCGUGGGGGCUGGAUACUUGAGUCCUGGAUCUGAUGUCAGUGGCACAGGAGAAAAUACUCGGUCUUCUGGUUCUGGAAGUAGUGGAGGAAGGAAGGGUGCAGCUGGACUUGGUGUUGGUACUUCUGGACCAAAUGAAUUUGGUGAAACUGGCGUUAGUGGCACAGGUGUCACAAGCCCAGCCGACCACAGUACCUCUGCACCACUCACUACACCAGAAAAAGGAUCCCAUAUUCCAGAAGCAACUCCGAAAUACUCAGAAACAAAUACAAUUAUUGGCGAAGCUUCUACUUGGGGCAAAGGAGCAUAUAAAGCUUUCAAUGGCCGCAUCUUUUCCUUUGACUCGUCAUGCGCAUAUACCUUCUGCCGUCAUUGCGUGGAAUCCGGAGAAGAUUUCAAUAUUGAGAUCAAAAGAAACAAUAAUAGUGAUAUUGAAAAAAUAAUAGUUAAAAUCGACACUAAUGACGUCUCUAUUUUUGGUGAUAUCAUCCUAGUUAAUGAAGAAAGUGUACAGAUACCAUAUAACAAUAAAUUGAUACACAUUAAAAAAUAUGGAGAACAUAAUGUCCUGAAUAGCCGCAGAGGAAUCAUGUCUUUAAUGUGGGACAAAAAUAACAAACUCUCACUUACUCUUCACAAGAAAUAUCCAACUUGUGGUCUCUGUGGUAACUUCAACAGCACUCCAGGAGAUGAUAUCAAUGAACACAUUGCCAAUAGUAAAAUUCCUGGUGAUUGUCCCAAAGCUGUUAGUAAAAGCUAUGAUGUUUGUGAAGAUGGUGUGCAGCACUGUGACAAAAUUAUUGGAACUUACUUUGAGAAAUGUAGAAAGGUCACCACUUUAUCCAAUGACUACAGAAUGAUCUGCAUUGAUGAGUACUGCCAAAAUAGAGACAAAAAUUCUACGUGUGACACUUACACAGAAUUGUCCCGCCUCUGUGCCUCAGAUGGUCCCGGUCCCUACGUAUCCUGGCGAGAUGAUUCUGAUGUGGUUUGUGAAAAACCUAGAUGCCCAGAAAAACAUAUCUACAAAGAAUGUGGUCCCUCAAACCCUGCAACUUGUUCUAAUGUGGCUCCUUUUCAAGACAGUGAAUGUGUGAGUGGCUGCACCUGCCCAGAAGGUUAUCUAUUGGACGAUAUUGAAGAAAAAGGUAGAUGUGUAUUAAAGGCUAAAUGUCCCUGUGAAUCAAAUGGAAAGAUCUAUCAGUCAGGAGAAGUCCGAGAUGGUCCUUGUGGUUCUCAGUGCACAUGUCAAGAAGCAAAGUGGUCUUGCACUGAAGCAUUAUGUCCUGGAAGAUGUAAGGUGGAAGGAAGUUCAAUCACCACCUUUGAUGGUGUUAAAUAUAACCAUCCUGGAAACUGUCAUUUCUUGGCCAUCCACGAUAAAGAUUGGUCUGUUAGCGUUGAACUUCGUCCCUGUCCAAAUGGUCGGUCAGGAACGUGCUUAAAUAGUGUUACACUCCUCUUGAAUUCGUCUGUUUCAGUUGACAAAUAUAUAUUCAAUAGAGAUGGAACAGUCACAAAUGAUAAGAUUAGAAAUCAAGGUUAUUAUUAUUCAGACCAAAUGCAGAUCUUCAAAGCAUCUUCCUCAUACCUUCAAGUAGAAACAAACUUUCAUGUAAAGAUGCAGAUACAGAUUGUUCCUGUGAUGCAAUUAUAUGUUUCCAUGCCACCCAACCAAUUCACAGACACUGUAGGACUCUGUGGUUCCUACAACAACAGAGCAGAGGAUGAUUUCAUGUCAAGUCAGAAUAUAUUGGAGAAAACGUCUCAGGCAUUUGCUGAUUCUUGGGAAAUGAUGCCCUGUCCUAAAGGAAACCCCACUUCGUGCAUCAGUAUAGAAAAAGAAAGAUAUGCUGAAAAGCACUGUGGAAUUCUUCUUGAUUCAAGUGGGCCUUUUGCUUCCUGCCAUCCAAUUGUGAAUCCUAAACUAUAUCAUGAGGAAUGCAAAAAAUACACUUGCACUUGUGACAACAGUGAAGAUUGUUUGUGCACGAUUUUAGGCAACUAUGUAAAAGCGUGUGCUGAGAAAGAAACAUACAUAGUGGAAUGGAGAACUGGACUAUGUGAUCACUCUUGCCCAAGUGGCCUGGUUUUCAAGUACAAUGUAAAAGCCUGCAAUAGUUCUUGUCGAUCAUUGUCAGAGAGAGAUAGGAGCUGUGAUGUAGAAGAUGUUCCAGUUGAUGGGUGCACUUGCCCUGAUGGAAUGUACCAUAAUAAUGAAGAGAAUUGUGUUCCAAAAUCUCAGUGUGACUGCUACCUAAAUGACGAGGUCAUACAACCAGGCAAACUCAUCCAUAUUGAUGACAAUAAAUGUGUCUGUCGGGAUGGAAUUCUUCUUUGCCACACUCCCAUUGAUUUAACCCUACAGAACUGUACCGGAGGGACUGAAUUUGUUGACUGCAGGGACCCGAAGGCACAGAGAAGAGUUGACAGUACCUGUAGCACUCGGAACAUACCUAGUUUUGAUGAGAACUUGCCUUGCAAACGUGGGUGCUAUUGUCCAAUUGGCAUGGUUCGAAAUUCUAAAGGAAACUGUGUCUUUCCUGAAGACUGCCCAUGUUCUUUUGGUGGACAGGAGUAUGACCAGGGAAGUGUUACCUCGGUUGGCUGCAACAAAUGUACUUGCAUAAAAGGGUCUUGGAGCUGUACACAUAAUGAAUGUCAAACCACUUGCCAUAUCUAUGGGGAAGGUCAUGUUAGAACUUUUGAUGGAAAAAGUUACAGCUUUGAUGGUCUCUGCCAGUAUUCAUUUCUUGAGGAUUAUUGUGGUCGUGAAAAUGGCACAUUCCGUCUCUUAACUGAAAGCGUCCCAUGCUGUGAAAAUGGGCUUACAUGCUCAAGAAAAAUCAUAGUUGCUUUUCAGGAUCAGAAUGUUGUUCUGCACGAUGGGAAAGUAACAGCAGCCAAAAUUACAGAAAGUAAGGAAUGUGAAAUCAAUGGAAAUACAUAUUCUGUACAUACUGUUGGCCUGUACUUGAUUCUGAAAUUUUUAAAUGGAAUAACCAUAAUUUGGGACAAGAAUACAAGAGUUUCUGUUAUACUGGAUCCACACUGGAGUGGCAAAGUAUGUGGUCUUUGUGGAAAUAACAAUGGUGAUCUCAAGGAUGAUUUCACAACACGAUAUUCAUCAGUAGCUGCUGGAACACUGGAAUUUGGAAAUAGCUGGAAAACCAGUCAAGAAUGUUCAGACACAGUAGCUCAAGCUUUCCCGUGUGACUCAAACCCGUACUGUAAGGCCUGGGCUGUGCGGAAAUGUGAGAUCAUCCGGGACAGCACCUUCAGAGACUGCCACAGCAAGGUGGACCCCAAUGCCUACUAUGAUGCAUGCAUUGAAGAAGCCUGUGCAUGUGACAUGGAAGGGAAGUACCUGGGAUUCUGCACAGCUGUGGCUAUGUACGCAGAGGCGUGCAGUGCGGUUGGAGUCUGUGUCAGGUGGAGAAAACCAGAGCUCUGCCCUGUCUACUGUGAUUAUUACAAUGCCCCUGGGGAAUGCAGUUGGCACUAUGAACCUUGUGGUACAGUGACUGCAAAAACUUGCAAAGAUCAAGUUAUUGGCCAGAAAUUUUCUGCACUUUUAGAAGGAUGUUAUGCUAAGUGCCCAGAUAGUGCUCCUUAUCUGGAUGAGAACACCAUGAAAUGCGUCAGUUUAUCUGAGUGCAGCUGCUUCUAUAAUGAUAUCAUACCAGCAGGUGGAGUGAUUCAGGAUAACUGUGGAAGAACAUGCUAUUGCAUCGCAGGAGAGUUGGAGUGCAGUGAAACUGCUCCUACAAAUUCAACAUUCACAGUUUCAGCUACAACAGCUACCUCCAUAUUAAGCACCGAAGCAGCAAUAACAUUGGUGACCAGGAGCUCAGGUGCAGCAGCUUCCAUUCCAGUGAUUACAACAUCAAGCAGCGAAACAAUAGGGACAACUCUAACUCUUCUGGGUGAACCUUUUACUACAGGUGUUAUUGGAACUCCCGUUCCCUUGACCGUCAGUGCUGGCACUGCAGGCACGACUGUAGUGUACCCCGCCCCGACCAGUCCUGGGCACAUGGCAGGAGGAACAACAGGCAGCCCUACUGCACCAGCAAGAGGAGGUGAAGACAGCACACCCAGGGAACCAAGCACAGGGGCGACAAGCCCAGGGAAACCAGGGACCCCAGAGGUUUCAGAGGGCUUCACAACAGCACCUGGGCAUGAGAACACAAAUGGAGACACAACUGCCCCAGGCUCAACCGUGGGAGGCAGACCAGGGACUACCGGAUCAUCAGCUAGUGAUACAACUAGACCCCCAAGUAGUGAAGUGACACAAUCUGAAGGCAAGUUAGGAACAACUGAAGGGGAAAAUGCAGCCACCACUGGAACUGUUGGUGAAAACACUUCCCGAGCCUCAGGAACCACUGGACACUAUGUUGAAGGAGGAGGAACAACUGGGCCAUCUGAGGGAAGAUCAGGGACAACUAGAAUAUCAGCUGAAGAAUCAGGGACAACUGUAUUGUCAUCUGUAGUGACAGGGAAAACAGGACCAUUACUGGGAGGAUCAGCAACAACAAGAUCAUCAGUUACAGGAUCAGAGACAACUGAACCAUCUGUUGUAGUUUCAAGAACAUCUGUACCAUCAGAAGGAUUGACAGGAGCAACUGAACCAUCACUUGGGUUAACAACACCUGGACCAUCAGCUGAAGGAUCAGGGACAGCUACAUUAUUUGCUGGAGUAUCACAAACAACUGAAAGCUCUGUUCUAAAGUCAGGAAAUACUGGACCAUCCAUAGGAGGAUCACAGACAACUGGACGAUCAGGUGAAGAAGCACAGACAAGUGGACUAGCAGCUGGAGGAUCAGGGACUACAGGACCAUCCACUGAAGAAUCAGAAAAAACAGAAACACCUGUUCUGGGUUUAGGGACAACUCAAACAUCUGAAGGAUUAAGAACAACUACAUCUGUUUUAGGUUCAGGGACAACUGGAACAUCAUCUGGAGUGACAAGAACAACUAAAUCAUCAUCUCAAGAUUCAGAUACUACAGGACCAACAGCUGAAGUAUUAGGAACAACUAAAUCAGCAUCUGGUAUAUCAAGCACAACUGCACUAUUGUCUGGUGGGUCAGGGACAACUGGACCAUCUGUUGUAGGAUCAGGAACAUCUGUCCCAUCAGCAGGAUUGACAGGGACCUCUGGUCCAUCACCUGGGUUUGCAACAACUGGGCAAUCAUCUGUAGGAUCGAGGACAACUGAGUCAUUGGCUGGAAGAUCAGAAACCACUGCAACCUCCAUUGUAAGUUCAGACACUACCAGUCCAUCCACAGGAGGAUCACAGACAACUGGACUGUCAGCCAAAGAAGCAGGGACAACAGAACAAGCAGCUGGAAGAUCAGGGACCACAGGACCAUUCCAUGGACAAUCAGGGACAACAAGACAAUCUGUUUUAAGUUCAGGGAUGACCUUACCAACUUCUAAAGAAAUAAGGACAACUAGACCUUCAUUGGUAAAGUCAGGUACAACUGCAGUAUUGACUCCAGGAUCAGCCACAAGUGGACUGUCAUCUGGAGUAUCUGAGUCCACUGAACCAUCAUCUGAAGCAUUAGGAACACCAAGAUCAUCAGCUGGUAUAUCAGAGACAACUGGACCAUCAACAGUUGGAUCUGGGAUGGCAACAGGACCAUUUUUUGUAGAAUCAGGAACAGCUGUAUCAUCGGUAGGAUUGACUGAGACAUCUGGCCUAUCACAUGGGUUAGGAAUAACUGGGCCAUCAGCUAAAGGAGCAGGGACAACUGGAUCAUUUGCUGGAAAUUCAGGAACAACAGUAACCCCUGUUGUAAUUUCAGGGACUGCUGGUCCCUACACAGUAAAAUCACAGACAACUAGACAAUCUGCUGAAGAAGCUGGGACAACAGGACCAACAGCUGGAGGUUCAGGGACCACAGGACCAUUCCAUGGAGGAUCAGGAAAAACAGGACAAUCUGUUUUAGGUUCAGGGACAACCAGACCAUCUGUUGUAGGUCCAGGAACAACUAUACCAUCAAGUAGACUAUUUUUUGUAGGUUCAGGGACAACCAGAGCAUCAUCUGAAGUGAAAAGGACAAUUGGACCAUCAUCUGGAGAAUUAGGAACAACUAGAUCAUCAUCUGGUAUGUCAAGGACAAUUGGACCAUCAACUGGAAGGUCAGGGAUAACCGGACGUUCAGGAACAGAAUCAGGAACAUCAGUAACAUCAGUAGGAUUAACAGGGACAUCUGGAUCAUCAUUUGGGUUAGGAACAACUGUACCAUCAAUGAAAGUAUCACAAACAACUACAGCACCUAUUGCAGGAUUAGUAAAAUCUACAUCAUCUACAAGAUUGACAGGGUCAACUGGAUCAUCAGUUGGAGGACCAGAGAUAACUGGAACAGCAGCUAGAGGAUCAGGGACCACAACACUGUCAGCUGGAGCAUCAGGAGAAACUGGAACAUUAGCUGAAGGAUCAGAAACAACAAAAACCUUUGUUGUAACAUUAGGGAUUACUGAAACACCUGUAAGAGGAUCACAGACAAUGGGAUGGUCAACUAAAGAUUCAGGAACAACUGGGCAAGAAGCUAGAGGAUCAGGGACAACAGGGCAAUUCAUUGGAGGAUCAGGAACAUCAGUGUCAUCUGUUUUUGUUUCAAGGACAAUUCACCCAUUAUCUGAAGAAUCAGGGACCACUAGACCAUCUGUUUUAGGUUCAGAGACAACCAGACCAUUACCUGGACACACAGAGACCAUGGGAUCAUCAUCUGGAGAUUCAGACACCACUGGACCAUCAGCUGAGGUAUUGGGGACAACUAGAUCACCAGCUGGUAUAUCAGAAACAACUAGACUAUCAACGGGUAGAUCUGGGAUGACAGAAGGACCAUCUGUUGUAGGGUCAGAAACAUCUGUACUAUCAGUAGGUUGGACAAAGAUAUCUGGCCCAUCACCUGGGUUAGUAACAACUGGGCCAUCAGCUGAAGGAGCAGAAACAACUGGAUCAUUUGCUGGUAAUUCAGGAAGAACGGCAACUGCUAUUGUAAGUUCAGGAACUAGUGGUCCCUACAUAGGAGGAAUCCAUACAACUGUACUAUCACCUGAAGAGGCAAGGACUAUAGGACCAACAUCUGGGGUAUCAGGGACCACAGAACCAUUCCCUGGAGUAUCAGGAACAAUGGAACAAUCUGUUUUAGGUUCAGAGACAACUAGACCAUCAGUUGUAAGUUCAGGAACAAGUGGAAUAUCAUCUGGAGUGAUGGGUAUACCUGGACAAUCUACUAGAGUCACAGGGAAAAUUGGACCACCAGCUGGAGAAUUAGGAACAACUGGAUCAUCAGCUGGUAUAUCAAGCACAACUGGACUAUUGUCUGGUGGGUCAGGGACAACUGGACCAUCUGUUGUAGGACCAGGAACAUCUGUCCCAUCAGCAGGAUUGACAGGGACCGCUGGUCCAUCAUCUGGGUUUGCAACAACUGGACAGUCAUCUGUAGGAUCGAGGUCAACUGAGUCAUUGGCUGGAAGAUCAGAAACCACUGCAACCUCCAUUGUAAGUUCAGGCACUUCCAAUCCAUCCACAGGAGGAUCACAGACAACCGGACUAUCAGCCAAAGAAGCAGGGACAACAGAACAAGCAGCUGGAAUAUCUGGGACCACAGGACCAUUCCAUGGACGAUCAGGAACAACAGUACAAUCUGUUUUAAGUUCAUGGACGACUGGGCCAUCAUCUGAAGAAUUAAGGACAACUAGACCUUCAUUGGUAAAGUCCAGCACCACUGGAAUAUCAGCUACAGGAUCAGCCACAACUGGACAGUCAUUUGAAAUAUCUGAGUCCCCUGAGCCAUCAUCUGAAGUAUCCAGAACAACUAGAUCAUCAACUCGUACAUCAAGCACAACUGGACCAUUGCCUGGUGGGUCAGGGAAAACUGGACCAUCUGUUGUAGGACCAGGAACAUCUGUCCCAUCAGCAGGAUUGACAGGCACCUCUGGUCCAUCACCUGGGUUUGCAACAACUGGACAGUCAUUUGUAGGAUCGAGGACAACUGAGUCAUUGGCUGGAAGAUCAGAAACCACUGCAACCUCCAUUGUAAGUUCAGGCACUACCAGUCCAUCCACAGGAGGAUCACAGACAACUGGACUGUCAGCCAAAGAAACAGGAACAACAGAACAAGCAGCUGGAAGAUCAGGGACCACAGGACCAUUCCAUGGACGAUCAGGAACAACAAGAAAACCUGUUUUACAUUCAGGGUCGACCUUAUCAACUUCUAAAGAAAUAAGGACAAUGAGACCUUUGUUGGUAAAGUCAGGCACAACUGGAGUAUUGGUCACAGGAUCAGCCACAACUGGACACUCAUCUGGAGUAUCUGAGUCCACUGAGCCAUUAUCUGAUGUAUUGAGAACAACUAGAUCAUCAGCUCGAAAAUCAAGCACAACUGGAACAUUGUCUGGAGGUUCAGGGACAAUUGGACCAUCUGUUGUAGGAUCAGGAACAUCUGUCCCAUCAGCAGGACUGACAGAGUCCUCUGGUCCAUCACCUGGGUUUGCAACAACUGGACAGUCAUCUGUAGGAUCGAGGACAACUGAGUCAUUGUCUGGAAGACCAGAAACCAGUGCGACCUCCAUUGUACCUUCAGGCACUACUAGUCCAUCCACAGGAGGAUCACAGACAACUGGACUGUCAGCCAAAGAAGCAGGGACAACAGAACAAGCAGCUGGAAGAUCAGGGACCACAGGACCAUUCCAUGGACGAUCAGGAACAACAGUACAAUCUGUUUUAAGUUCAUGGACGACUGGGCCAUCAUCUGAAGAAUUAAGGACAACUAGACCUUCAUUGGUAAAGUCCAGCACCACUGGAAUAUCAGCUACAGGAUCAGCCACAACUGGACAAUCAUUUGAAGUAUCUGAGUCCCCUGAGCCAUCAUCUGAAGUAUUCAGAACAACUAGAUCAUCAACUCAAAAAACAGGCACACCUGCCCUAUUUUCUGGUGGGUCAGGGAAAACUGGACCAUCUGUUGUAGGACCAGGAACAUCUGUCCCAUCAGCAGGAUUGACAGGGACCUCUGGUCCAUCAACUGGGUUUGCAACAACUGGGCAAUCAUCUGUAGGAUCGAGGACAACUGAGUCAUUGGCUGGAAGAUCGAAAACCUCUGCAACCUCCAUUGUAAGUUCAGGCACUACCAGUCCAUCCACAGGAGGAUCACAGACAACUGGACUGUCAGCCAAAGAAGCAGGGACAACAGAACAAGCAGCUGGAAGAUCAGGGACCACAGGACUAUUCCAUGGACGAUCAGGAACAACAGGACAAUCUGUUUUAAGUUCAUGGACAACUGGGCCAUCAUCUGAAGAAUUAAGGACAACCAGACCUUCAUUGGUAAAGUCCAGCACCACUGGAAUAUCAGCUACAGGAUCAGCCACAACUGGACAGUCAUCUGGAGUAUCUGAGUCCGCUGAGCCAUCAUCUAAAGUAUUCAGAACAACUAGAUCAUCAACUCAAAAAUCAGGCACACCAGCCCUAUUUUCUGGAGGUUCAGGGACAACUGGACCAUCUGUUGUAGGAUCAGGAACAUCUGUCCCAUCAGCAGGAUUGACAGGCACCUCUGGUCCAUCACCUGGGUUUGCAACAACUGGACAGUCACUUGUAGGAUCGAGGACAACUGAGUCAUUGGCUGGAAGAUUAGAAACCACUGCAACCUCCAUUGUAAGUUCAGGCACUACCAGUCCAUCCACAGGAGGAUCACAGACAACCGAACUGUCAGCCAAAGAAGCAGGGACAACAGAACAAGCAGCUGGAAUAUCUGGGACCACAGGACCAUUCCAUGGACGAUCAGGAACAACAGGACAAUCUGUUUUAAGUUCAUGGACAACUGGGCCAUCAUCUGAAGAAUUAAGGACAACUAGACCUUCAUUGGUAAAGUCCAGCACCACUGGAAUAUCAGCUACAGGAUCAGCCACAACUGGACAGUCAUUUGAAGUAUCUGAGUCCCCUGAGCCAUCAUCUGAAGUAUUCAGAACAACUAGAUCAUCAACUCAAAAAUCAGGCACACCAGCCCUAUUUUCUGGAGGUUCAGGGACAACUGGACCAUCUGUUGUAGGAUCAGGAACAUCUGUCCCAUCAGCAGGAUUGACAGGCACCUCUGGUCCAUCACCUGGGUUUGCAACAACUGGACAGUCACUUGUAGGAUCGAGGACAACUGAGUCAUUGGCUGGAAGAUUAGAAACCACUGCAACCUCCAUUGUAAGUUCAGGCACUACCAGUCCAUCCACAGGAGGAUCACAGACAACCAGACUGUCAGCCAAAGAAGCAGGGACAACAGAACAAGCAGCUGGAGGAUCAGGGACCACAGGACUAUUCCAUGGACGAUCAGGAACAACAGGACAAUCCGUUUUAAGUUCAUGGACAACUGGGCCAUCAUCUGAAGAAUUAAGGACAACCAGACCUUCAUUGGUAAAGUCCAGCACCACUGGAAUAUCAGCUACAGGAUCAGCCACAACUGGACAGUCAUCUGGAGUAUCUGAGUCCGCUGAGCCAUCAUCUGAAGUAUUCAGAACAACUAGAUCAUCAACUCAAAAAUCAGGCACACCAGCCCUAUUUUCUGGAGGUUCAGGGACAACUGGACCAUCUGUUGUAGGAUCAGGAACAUCUGUCCCAUCAGGAGGAUUGACAGGCACCUCUGGUCCAUCACCUGGGUUUGCAACAACUGGACAGUCACUUGUAGGAUCGAGGACAACUGAGUCAUUGGCUGGAAGAUUAGAAACCACUUCAACCUCCAUUGUAAGUUCAGGCACUACCAGUCCAUCCACAGGAGGAUCACAGACAACUGGACUGUCAGCCAAAGAAGCAGGGACAACAGAACAAGCAGCUGGAAGAUCAGGGACCACAGGACCAUUCCAUGGACGAUCAGGAACAACAGGACAAUCUGUUUUAAGUUCAUGGACAACUGGGCCAUCAUCUGAAGAAUUAAGGACAACCAGACCUUCAUUGGUAAAGUCCAGCACCACUGGAAUAUCAGCUACAGGAUCAGCCACAACUGGACAGUCAUCUGGAGUAUCUGAGUCCGCUGAGCCAUCAUCUGAAGUAUUCAGAACAACUAGAUCAUCAACUGGUAUAUCAAGUUCAACUGGACUAUUUUCUGGAGGUUCAGGGACAACUGGACCAUCUGUUGUAGGACCAGGAACAUCUGUGCCAUCAGCAGGGUUGACAGAGUCCUCUGGUCCAUCACCUGGGUUUGCAACAACUGGACAAUCAUCUGUAGGAUCGAGGACAACUAAGUCAUUGUCAGGAAGACCAGAAACCAGUGCAACCUUCAUAGGAAGUUCAGGCAGUACCAGUCCAUCCACAGGAGGAUCACAGACAACUGGACUGUCAGCCAAAGAAGCAGGGACAACAGAACAAGCAGCUGAGGUAGCAGGAACCACAGGACCAUUCCAUGGCCGAACUGGAGCAACAAGACAACCUGUUUUGGGUUCAGGGACGACCUUACCAAAUUCUAAAGAUAUAAGGACAACAAGACCUUCAUUGGUAAAGUCAGGCAUAACUGGAGUAUUGGCUUCAAGAUCAGCCACAACUGCACUGUCAUCUGGAGUAUCUGAGUCUACUGAGCCAUCAUCUGAAGUAUUCAGAACAACUAGAUCAUCGACUGGUAUAUCAAGUGCAACUGGCCGAUUUUCUGCAGGUUCAGGAACUUCUGGACCAUCUGUUGUAGGACCAGGAACAUCCGUACCAUCAGCAGGAUUGACAGGGACCUCUGGUCCGUCACCUGGUUUUGCAACAACUGGACAAUCAUCUGUAGGAUUGAGGACAACUGAGUCAUUGGCUGGAAGAUCAGAAACCACUGCAACCUCCAUGGUAAGUUUAGGCACUACCAGUCCAUCCACAGGAGGAUCACAGACAACCAGACUGUCAGCCAAAGAAGCAGGGACAACAGAACAAGCAGCUGGAAGAUCAGGGACCACAGGACCAUUCCAUGGACGAUCAGGAACAACAGGACAAUCCGUUUUAAGUUCAUGGACAACUGGGCCAUCAUCUGAAGAAAUAAGGACAACCAGACCUUCAUUGGUAAAGUCCAGCACCACUGGAAUAUCAGCUACAGGAUCAGCCACAAGUGGACUGUCAUCUGGAGUGUCUGAGUCCACUGAGCCAUCAUCUGAAGUAUUCAGAACAACUAGAUCAUCAACUCGUAUAUCAAGUACAACUGGCCGAUUUUCUGCAAGUUCAGGGACACAGGGACCAUCUGUUGUAGGAUCAGGAACAUCUGUCCCCUCAGGAGGAUUGACAGAGGCCUCUGGUCCAUCACCUGGGUUUGCAACAACUGGACAGUCAUCUGUAGGAUCGAGGACAACUGAGUCAUUGGCUGGAAGAUCAGAAACCACUGCUACCUCCAUUGUAAGUUCAGGCAUUACCAGUCCAUCCACAGGAGGAUCACAGACAACUAGACUGUCAGCCAAAGAAGCAGGGACAACAGAACAAGCAGCUGGAAGAUCAGGGACCACAGAACCAUUCCAUGGACGAUCAGGAACAACAGGACAAUCCGUUUUAAGUUCAUGGACAACUGGGCCAUCAUCUGAAGAAUUAAGGACAACCAGACCUUCAUUGGCAAAGUCCAGCACCACUGGAAUAUCAGCUACAGGAUCAGCCACAACUGGACAGUCAUCUGGAGUAUCUGAGUCCCCUGAGCCAUCAUCUGAAGUAUUCAGAACAACUAGAUCAUCACCUCAUAUAUCAACUUCAACUGGACUGUUUUCUGGAGGUUCAGGGACAACUGGAAUGUCUGUUGUUGGAUUAGGAACAUCUGUCCCAUCAGCAGGAUUGACAGGUACCUCUGGUCUAUCACCUGGGUUUACAACAACUGGACAGUCACUUGUAGGAUUGAGGACAACUGAGUCAUUGGCUGGAAGACCAGAAACCACUGCAACCUCCAUUGUAAGUUUAGACACUACCAGUCCAUCCACAGGAGGAUCACAGACAACUGGACUGUCAGCCAAAGAAGCAGGGACAACAGAACAAGCAGCUGGAGGAUCAGGGACCACAGGACCAUUCCAUGGGCGAUCAGGAACAACAGGACAAUCCGUUUUAAGUUCAUGGAUGACUGGGCCAUCAUCUGAAGAAAUAAGGACAACCAGACCUUCAUUGGUAAAGUCCAGCACCACUGGAAUAUCAGCUACAGGAUCAGCCACAACUGGACAGUCAUCUGGAGUAUCUGAGUCCGCUGAGCCAUCAUCUGAAGCAUUCAGAACAACUAGAUCAUCAACUGGUAUAUCAAGUUCAACUGGACUAUUUUCUGGAGGUUCAGGGACAACUGGACCAUCUGUUGUAGGACCAGGAACAUCUGUCCCAUCAGCAGGAUUGACAGAGUCCUCUGGUCCAUCACCUGGGUUUGCAACAACAGGACAGUCAUCUGUAGGAUCUAGGUCAACUGAGUCAUUGGCUGGAAGAUCAGAAACCACUGCAACCCCCAUUGUACCUUCAGGCACUACUAGUCCAUCCACAGGAGGAUCACAGACAACUGGACUGUCAGCCAAAGAAGCAGGGACAACAGAACAAGCAGCUGGAGGAUCAGGGACCACAGGACUAUUCCAUGGACGAUCAGGAACAACAGGACAAUCCGUUUUAAGUUCAUGGAUGACUGGGCCAUCAUCUGAAGAAAUAAGGACAACUAGACCUUCAUUGGUAAAGUCCAGCACCACUGGAAUAUCAGCUACAAGAUCAGCCACAACUGGACAGUCAUUUGAAGUAUCUGAGUCCCUUGAGCCAUCAUCUGAAGUAUUCAGAACAACUAGAUCAUCAACUCGUAUAUCAAGUACAGCUGGCCUAUUUUCUGGUGGGUCAGGGAAAACUGGACCAUCUGUUGUAGGAUCAGGAACAUCUGUCCCAUCAGCAGGAUUGACAGGGACCUCUGGUCCAUCACCUGGGUUUGCAACAACUGGACAGUCACUUGUAGGAUCGAGGACAACUGAGUCAUUGGCUGGAAGAUUAGAAACCACUGCAACCUCCAUUGUAAGUUCAGGCACUACCAGUCCAUCCACAGGAGGAUCACAGACAACUGGACUGUCAGCCAAAGAAGCAGGGACAACAGAACAAGCAGCUGGAAGAUCAGGGACCACAGGACCAUUCCAUGGACGAUCAGGAACAACAAGACAACCUGUUUUAGGUUCAGGGACAACCUUACCAACUCCUAAAGAAAUAAGGACUACGAGACCUUCAUUGGUAAAGUCCAGCACAACUGGAGGACUGGGUACAGGAUCAGCCACAACUGCACUGUCAUCUGGAGUAUCUGAGUCCACUGAACCAUCAUCUGAAGUAAUUGGUAAAACUAGAUCAUCCACUCAUAUAUCAAGUACAACUGGAACAUUGUCUGGAGGUUCAGGGACAACUGGAAUGUCUGUUGUUGGAUCAGGAACAUCUGUACCAUCAACAGGAUUGACAGGGACCUAUGGUCCAUCACCUGCAUUUGCAACAACUGGACAAUCAUCUGUAGUAUCGAGGACAAGUGAGUCAUUGGCUGGAAUAUCAGAAAGAACUGAUACCUCUUUUUUUAGUGCAGGGAUUACUGGUCUGUCCACAAGAGGAUCUCAUAGAACCGGCCCACCUGCUGAGGAAACUGGGAUAACAGGACAAGCUGGUGGAGCUUCAGGGACCACAGGACUGUUCCAUGGAUUAUCAGGAACAACAGUACAUUCUGUUUUAGGUUCAGAAACAACAAGAAAAUCUGUUGUUUUGUCUGGAACAACUGUACCAUCAUCUGGAGUGACAGGAAUAACUGGACCAUCAACUAUGGAAUUGGGAACAAGUAGAUCAUUAGCCGGUAUAUCAGAGAACACUGGGGCAUUAAUGAGUGGAUCUGGGGUGACAACAGGACCAUCUUUUGUAGGAUCAGGCAUAUCUAUACCAUCAGUAGGAUUGACAGGGACCUCUGGGCCAUCACCUGGAUUAGCAACAACUGGAUCAUCAGCUGAAGGAUCAGGGAUAACUGGAGUAUAUUCUGGAAUAUCAGAAACAACUUCCACCUCUGUUGUAAGUUCAGCGACUAUUGGUCCAUUUAUAGGAGGAUCACAGACAACUGGACUGUCAGCCAAAGAAGCAGGGACAACAGAACAAGCAGCUGGAGAAUCAGGGACCACCAGACCAUUCCAUGGUCGAUCAGGAACAACAAGACAAUCUACUUUAGGUUCAGGGAUGACCUUACCAUCUUCUAAAGAAAUAAGGACAACUAGAUCUUCGUUGGUAAAGACAGGCACAACUGGAGUAUCAGCUACUGGAUCAGCCACAACUGGACUGUCAUCUGGAGUAUCUGAUUCCACUGGACCAUCAUCUGAAGUAUUAGGAACAAUCGGAUCAUCAGCUGGUAUAUCAGAGACAACUGGACCAUCAACAAGUGGAUCUAGAAUGACAAGAGGACCAUUUUUUGUAGAAUCAGGAACAUCUGUACCAUCAAUAGGUUUUACAGGGAUGUCUGGUCCAGAGCCAACUGGAUCAUUCACUGGAAGAUCAGAAACAACAGCAACCUCUACUGUAAAUUCAGGUACUAGUGGUCUCUACAAUGGAGAAAUCCAGACAAAUGGGCUGUCAGCUAAAGAAGCAAGGACAACAGGACCAUUUCGAGGAGGGUCAGGAACAACUGGAAGAUUUUUUGUAGGUUCAGGGACAACUGUGCCAUCAUCUAGAGUGGAAAGCAUAACUGGACCAUUAUCUAGAAUGACAGGAAUAACUGGACCAUCAGCUGAGGAAUUAGUAACAACUAGUUCAUCAGCUGGUAUAUCAGAAACAACUGGAUUAUCAAUGGGUGGAUCUGGGAUGACAGCAGGACCAUCUGUUGUAGAGUCAGGAACAUCUGUAUCAUCAGUAGGAUUGGUAGGGACAUCUAGCCCGUCACAUGGGUUAGGAAUAACUGGGCCAUCAGCUGAAAGAGCAGGGACAACUGGAUCAUUUUCUGGAAGAUCAGAAACAACAUCAAUCUCUAUUAUAAGUUCAGGUACUAGUGGUCCCUACAUAGGAGGAAUCCAGACAACUGGAAAAUCUGUUGAAGAAGCUGGGACAACAGGACCAACAGCUGGAGGUUCAGGGACCAUAGGAAAAUUCCAUGAAGGAUCAGAAACAACAGGACAAUCUGUUUUGGUUUCAGGGACAACUAGACUGCCUGUUGUAGGUUCAGGGACAACUGGGGCAUCAUCUGGAGUGACAGGCAUAACUGGACCAUCAUCUGAAGUGAAAGGGACAAUUGGACCAUCAGCUGGAGAAUUAGGAACAACUAGAUCAUCACCUGGUAUAUCUAGGACAACUGGACUAUCAUCUGGUGGGUUAGAGACAACUGGACUAUCUGCUGUAGGAUUAGGAACAUCUCUCCCGUCAAGAUUGACAGGGACACCUGGACCAUCAGCUGGUUUAGCAACAACUGGACCAUCAGCUAAAGGAUCAGGGACAACAGAAUCAUUUUCUGGAAGAUCAGAAACAACUGAAAUCUUUGUUGUAAGUUCAGCAACUAUGAGUACAUCCAUAGGAGGAACACAGACAACUGGACAAUCUGCUGAGGAAGCAGGGGCAACAGGUUUAGAAUCUGGAGGGUCAGGGACUACAGGACUAUUCCAUGGAGGAUCAGAAACUACAGGACAAUCUAUUUUAGGUUCAGGGAUGACCUUAACAUCUUCUGAAAAAUUAAGGUCAACUAGACCUUUAUUGGUAAAGUCGGGCUCUACUGGAGUAUCUGCUACAGGAUCAGUCACAAGUGGACUGUCAUCCUGGGAAUCUGGGUCCACUGGAUCAUCAACUGAAGUAUUCAGAACAACUAGAUCUUCUGUUGGAAUAUCAAGGACAAGUCAACCAUCUACUGGAGGAUCAGGGACAACUGCACCAUCCGUUGUAGGAUUAGGAAUACCUUCAUCAGCACCAGGAUUGACAGAAUCAACUGGACCACCAGUUUUAGGGUCAGGGACAACUGAAACAGCAGCUAGAGGAUCAGGGACCACAGGACUAUCAGCUAGCAGAUCAAGGACAACUGGAUCAUUAGCUGGAGUAUCAGAAACAACCAAAACCUCUGUUCCAAUGUUAGAGACUACUGCAACAUCUAUAGUAGGAUCAUGGACAACUGAACAAUCAACUGAAGAAUCAAAGACAACUGUACAAUCAGCCCUAGGAUCAGAGACCUCAAGACCAUCUACUGGAUUGUCAGGAAUGACAGGAUCAUCAAGUUUUGGUUCAGGGACAAACCUGCCAUCAUCUGAAGAAUCAAGGGUAACUAGACCAUCCGUUAUAGGUUCAGGCACAACUGAACCAUCACAUGGAGUGAUUGGGACAAGUGGAUCAUCAUCUGGAAAUAUAUCCAUCACUGGACCAUCAUCUGAACUAUUAGGAACAACUAUAUCAUCAGUUGCUAUAUCAAAGACAACUGGACAAUCAAUGGGUGGAUUUGGGACAACUGGACCAUCUGUUGUAGAAUCAGGAACAUCUUUGCCAUCAGCAGGAUUUACAGGGACAUCUGGAACAUUACAUGAGUUAGGAACAAGUGGACCUUCAGCUGAAGGAUCAAGGACAACUGGAAUAUUUUCUGGAUUAUCAGAAACAACUGAAACCUCUGUUGUAAGGUCCGAGACUAUGGGACCAUCCAUAGGAGAAUCACAGACAACUGGACAAUUAAUUGAAGAAGCAGGAACAACUGUACAAGGAUUUGGGGCAGCAGAGACCACUCAGCCAUCUGUUGGAGGAUCAGGAACAACAGGACCAUCUAUUUUAGGUUCAGGGACAACUCCACAAUCAUCUGAAGGAUUAGGGACAACUGUACCACCAGCUAUAGAACCAGGAACAACUGGGCCAUCGACCAAAGGAUCAGCCAAAACUGGAUCAUCAGGAUUACAGACCACUGAAUCAAUUGAAAUAUUAGGAUCAGCUAUAUCAUCAGUCAGUGAUUCAAGGACAAUUAGACCAUCAACUAAAGGAUCAGGGACAACUGUAAGAUUACCUGAAAGAGCAGAGACAAUUGGACCACCUGUUGUAAAUUCAAGGAUAACUGGACCAUCUGUAGCAUCACAGAGGACUGGGCCAUCAGCUGAAGGUUCAGUGACCACAGGAUCAUCAUCUGGAGGAUCAGGUACAACUGCCCCAUCUGUUAUAGGUUCAGAGACAACUGGACCAUCAGCUGGAGCACCAGGGACAACUGGAAUAUCAUCUAGAGGAGCAGGAGCAACUGGACUACUUGUUUUAGUUUCAGAUACAGCUAUCCCAGCAUCUGAAAGAUCCAGGACAACUGCAUCAACAGCUGGAGGAUCAGUGACAGAUGGACCAUCAAAUGGAGAAUCAAGGACAACUAGAUCAGCUAUUUUAGGUUUAGGGACAACUCAACCAUCAUCUGGAGCAUCAGGAACAAAUGGACCAUCACAUGAAAUUUCAGGGACAACUGGACCAUCACCAGAAGGAUCAGGGACAAGUGGAUCAUCAACUGGGAUAACCACUGGGAUGUUAAGGAAUGAGGUUACCACAUCUGAAGGUACAACUGAAGAACCAUAUGGAGAAACCAAAUCAGGUGAAAGCAUAACCAGUUUAACCACACCUGGAAAAUCAGGUUUCACAGAAGCUGCCCCUGGCUCAACAAUUGCACCAGAAAGUUCCACUACUGGGUCAGAUAAGAGAGUUCCACCAGUAUUAAUUGUAGAGGUCACAACUUCCACAGAAAGUGUUGGCACCAGUGGAGGUGGAUUCAGAACAGGCACCACUAGGGUAGCCCCUGGCAUAACUGUUGUCCCUGGAAAUUCUAACACAGAGGCCACAACUUUCCUAGGAGAAAAUGAAACAACCAGAGUUGGAAUAGCCACAGGUACUACUGGUAUAGUCUCUGAGAAAACUGUGGAACCUGGAAAUUACAGCACAGGUACCACCAUGAUUUCACCUGGAGCUAGUAGAAGUUCACAGAGUUCCAAGCCAGGUCUUACAGAGGAAUUCUCUGGGAUAACUAUUAUAUCUGGAAGUUCCCACACAGGCACCACUGCAGUACCGGGAGUCCAAGCAACUGGGAGUGUGACAGGCACCACUGGGGUAGCCCCUGGUACAACUGUUGCCCCUGGCAGUUCUAUUACAGAAGCCACAACUUCUGUGGGAGAAAGUGGAACAAGAAUGAGGAUCAUCACAGGCACCUCUGGCACGACAGGUGGAUACGUUCCUGGAAGUGAGGCAGAGGCCACAACUUCCACAGAAAUGACUGGAACUGGAGCCCAAACAGGUACCAGUGGAGUAGUCUCUGGCACAACUAUUAAAUCUGGAAGAUCCAGUGUUGGUACCAUUGGUGUGGCCUUGAGUACAACUGUUGCACCUGGACGUUCCCAUACUGAAGCUACAACACCCCCUGGAGGCAGUGGAAGCACAGGAAUUGAAAUUAAUACAGGGGGAUCCAGUAGCCAAGUCCCUGGCAUUCAAACAGGUACUAUUGGAGUGACCUCAGAAAGUACCAUCUCACCCAGAAUUUCCAACACAGGAGCUACCAUUGGUGCAUCUGAGACACCAAGCCCUGGAAGUAAAACAGGCACUACAGGUGUAAUCACUGGCACAACAGCAUCUGGAAGUUCCAACACAGUUACCACUGGGAUAACCACAGGUACAACCAUCGCACUUGGGAGUUCCAACACAAAGGCUACAACUUCUACAGAAUUUGAAGCUACCACUGUAUUUGGAAUGGCCACUAAUACUACUUCAGAGUCAGCUGAAGUUUCCAGGGGUCCAGAAAAUUCUAGUCCUGGGGCUACAACUCUGGGACUAAGCCGUGACACCACUGUGCAUGUAAUUCAAACAGCUUCAGGAGUCACCAACCUAAUUCCAGGGAGCCAGUCUACUGGAAGAAAAAUAGAAACCACAACUUUUAAAGAAGGUGUUGGAACUAUGGAAGCAAGAAUUUCAUCAGGUACCACUGGGGUAGCCUCUGGCACAACAGUUAUUCCUGGAAGCUCCAAUACAGGUACUAGUGUGGCAUCAAGUAGAAUUACUGGUGUCCCAGAAAGUCCCACCCAAGGUACCUCCAGGGAAGCAUUUGAAACAACCACUGCUCCUGGAAAUUCUACCACAGGCUCCACCUCCUUGUCAACUAAAAUCACAACAAGACCCAAAGUAUCCUACCCAGAAACCACUCUAGUCACAACAAGAGACCAAGAAACUGAAAAUAAAACAGGAUGUCCAGCAUCACUUCCACCACCUCCAGUUUGUCAUGGUCCGCUGGGAGAAGAGAAAUCUCCUGGAGAUAUAUGGACUGCCAAUUGCCACAAAUGCACCUGUACUGAUGCAAAGGCUGUAGACUGUAAACCCAAGGAGUGCCCUUCUGCACCCACAUGCAAAACUGGAGAGAGGCUUGUAAAGUUCAAAGCUGAUGAUUCCUGCUGUGAAAUUGGAUACUGUGAACCAAGAACGUGCUUAUUUAACAAUACUGAGUAUAAGAUUGGUGCUUCAUUUGAUGACCCCAGCAAUCCAUGCAUUUCCUACUCCUGCCAUAGCACUGGUUUCAUCGCAGUGGUCCAGGACUGCCCAAAGCAGACCUGGUGUGCAGAAGAAGACAGAGUCUAUGAUUCAAACAAAUGUUGCUAUACAUGUAAUACUAAUUGUAGAUCUUCACUUGUGAAUGUGACUGUUAAGUACCGUGGUUGCCAGAAAAAACUUGAGAUGGCAAGAUGUGUAGGGGAAUGUAAGAACACUGUCAGGUACAAUUAUCAUAUCUUUCAGCUGGCAAAUUCAUGUCUUUGCUGCCAAGAAGAUAAGUACGAAUUCCGGGAAAUUUUUCUUGACUGUCCUAAUGGCAAUACAAUACCUUACAGAUAUAGGCACAUCACGGCAUGUUCUUGCUUAGAUAUGUGCAAACAGUCUACACUCCCAACAGUCAGUUAACGCCAGUAUCACCUUUCCAAGUAUAACAGGCCAGGUAUUUAUUUUAUAAAUGCACAAAAAUCACUAAAAUAGAAUAACUAAACAUUUGUAUCUCACUCAAAGUGUGAAUUCUCAUUCUGAGGCAUUUUGUUCUCUUGU